GAUCGCGCCCGGGCCGGGCCGGGCCCCAGCCGCCUCCACCCCGGCUCCCCUGCGUCCUCUCCCGCUCCAUGGCUCCACGGCCGCCGCCGCCCUUGCCGCCCUGCAGCCCCGAGGGGCCUCGCGGCAGCGGGUGGAAACACUCGGUUAAGGACUAAACUGCACGGCCGCCUUCUCGCCGGCCACCUACCCCUCCUAAGGCAAGCCAAGGCGGGAGAGACAGGAGGGAGAAAGGAAGAGCGAGCCGAAGCGAGAGUGAGGCAGGCGCUCUGGUCGCCUCGGGCCGGUCCAGCCCAGAGCGGCGCCCCGGACGGCGGCGGCGCGGAGUUCGGAAGUGCCCAGGGACCUCUCCGCGCCCUGGGUCAGGUCCGCGCACCUGCCCGCGGCGGGAGACCCGGAUUCACCCGGCCCCCGGCGCCACCCACCCACCCAAUUCCGCCGCCGCAGCCCGAGCGGGAUUCCGCUGGCCUCCAGCACGGCCGGGUUUAAUAUGCCCGGAGUCGAGGCGCGAUGAAGGAGAAGUCCAAGAAUGCGGCCAAGACCAGGAGGGAGAAGGAAAAUGGCGAGUUUUACGAGCUGGCCAAGCUGCUCCCACUGCCAUCGGCCAUCACCUCGCAGCUGGACAAGGCGUCCAUCAUCCGGCUCACCACAAGCUACCUGAAGAUGCGCGCCGUCUUCCCGGAAGGUUUGGGAGACGCGUGGGGACAGCCGAGCCGCGCCGGGCCCCUGGACAGCGUGGCCAAGGAGCUGGGAUCGCACUUGCUGCAGACUUUGGAUGGAUUUGUUUUCGUAGUGGCAUCCGAUGGCAAAAUCAUGUAUAUAUCGGAAACGGCUUCUGUACAUUUAGGCUUGUCUCAGGUGGAGCUCACCGGCAACAGUAUUUAUGAGUACAUCCACCCUUCCGACCACGAGGAGAUGACGGCGGUCCUUGCAGCCCACCAGCCUCUCCACCAUCACCUCCUCCAAGAGUAUGAGAUGGAGAGGUCCUUCUUUCUUCGGAUGAAGUGUGUCUUGGCGAAAAGAAACGCGGGCCUGACGUGCAGUGGAUACAAGGUCAUCCAUUGCAGCGGCUACUUGAAGAUCAGGCAGUAUGUGCUGGACAUGACGCUGUAUGAUUCCUGUUACCAGAUCGUGGGGCUGGUGGCCGUGGGCCAGUCGCUUCCGCCCAGUGCCAUCACGGAAAUCAAGCUGCACACUAACAUGUUUAUGUUCAGGGCCAGCCUCGACCUGAAGCUGAUAUUCCUGGAUUCCAGGGUGACGGAGCUGACGGGGUACGAGCCACAGGACCUGAUCGAAAAGACCCUCUACCAUCAUGUGCAUGGCUGUGACGUGUUCCACCUGCGCUACGCACACCACCUCCUGCUGGUGAAAGGCCAGGUCACCACCAAGUACUACCGGCUGCUGUCCAAGCUGGGCGGCUGGGUGUGGGUGCAGAGCUACGCCACCGUCGUGCACAACAGCCGCUCGUCCCGGCCCCACUGCAUCGUGAGUGUCAAUUAUGUCCUCACGGAUAUCGAAUACAAGGAGCUUCAGUUGUCUCUGGACCAGGUCUCCACUUCCAAGUCCCAGGAUUCCUGGAGGACCACGUUGUCUACCUCACAAGAAACUAGGAAGUUAGCUAAACCCAAAAAUACGAAGAUGAAGACAAAGCUGAGGACAAACCCUUACCCCCAACAGCAAUACAGCUCGUUCCAGAUGGACAAACUGGAGUGCAGCCAGCUCGGAAACUGGAGAGCCAGCCCCACGGCGGACGCUCUGGCUCCCCCAGAACAGCAGCUCCAUUCAGAAGGCGGAGACCUUUUGUACACCCCCUCCUACAGCCUCCCCUUCUCCUACCAUUACAGCCACUUCCCUCUAGACUCUCAUGUCUUCAGCAGCAAAAAGCCGAUGCUGCCGUCCAAGUUUGGGCAGCCCCAAGGAUCCCCGUGUGAGGUGGCACGCUUUUUCCUGAGCACGCUGCCAGCCAGUGGCGAAUGCCAGUGGCAUUAUGCCAACCCUUUAGUGGCUAGCAACCCGUCUCCAGCUAAAAACCUCUCGGAGCCCGCAGUGAGCACCGCUCGGCACCAUCUCCUGCCAAACUACGAAGCCCCCGCCGCCGCGCGCAGGUUCGCCGAGGACGCCGCGCCCCAGCCGCCGCCGCCGCCGGCCCUGAGCUUCCCGAGCUGCGGCCACUACCGCGAGGAGCCGGCGCCCGGCCCGGCCAAGGCCGCCCGCCAGGCCGUCCGCGACGGGGCCCGGCUGGCGCUGGCCCGCGCGGCGCCCGAGUGCUGCCCGCCGCCGCCCGCCGAGCCGCCGGCGCAGCUUCCCUUCGUGCUGCUCAACUACCACCGCGUGCUGGCCCGCCGCGGCCCGCUGGGGGGCGCUGCGCCCGGCCUCGCCCGCGGACCCCGCGGCCCCGAGGCGGCGGCCGGCGGGCUGAGGCCCAGAGCGCCGGGCCCCGCCGCCGCCACCGCGGCCUCGCCGCCCGGAGCGCCGCUGCCGCACUACCUGGGCGCGUCGGUCAUCAUCACCAACGGCAGGUGACCCGCCCGGGCCGAGCGCGGGACCCCUGCCCGCAGCGAGAAGCCAUAGGCCAGGUCUCCUGCGGCCCCCACGCUGCCAGGCGCAGCCGGCGCAAGCGGGACGAGCCGUCCAGGCACCACCUGAAGUUAACUUAUGCAGAGACGACUGUCUACUAGAGCUCCGCAGCCCAGGUCUAGGGUUUUUAAAUUUUUUUACGGUAAGUGCCGCAAACGCCGGCCUAGAGGGCUCCGGCGCGGCCUGCUGUUCCUCCAGGAGCCCGGGUUUUUUAAAGGGUAGAGCCGAGGGUCCUAGACGCCCCCAGGGAGACCUCAUGGCCUCAGCUUGAAAUCAGGCUUGUGCCUUGCGCCCAGUGCGCAGUGAGAGCCCCACGGGGAGGGCUGGAGGAGUUUCGACACUCCACAAAUAUCCUCCACUUCGAGGAGGAAAAAUUCACUCUUUGUUACAUCAUUAGCGCCAGCAGAAUGCCGGACCUGAAGGAGGAAGCCUCCGGCAUUCAGAGCCCUUCUAGAUUCUUAGGUGAAAGCAGAAUGUGAUUGGAAGUCCCAAGAAUAGACAAUUCCUCGCUGUCUUUAAUAGUCAUUCAGGCAUCUUAUUAAAAGUUUUUUUUUAAUUUAACUCCUUUUUGAUACAAAAAUCAACAAGGGUGAACAUGCAAUUCCACGUUGUGUGUGUGAACAUGGAUGUACUGGAUAUGUACAUUAUCAAGCUCUUAUUUACCCUCAACCCCUACAAAUUCAAGGACAAAAAGAAUAUAGCACCUUCUAAAUAUAUUAAAUAGGCAUUAAAUGCAAUAUAUAUAGCCAGAUAUUUUAUGAGAAUGACACACAGAUGGUUUAGGUCAGCAGUACCCAGAGCUAUUGACUACCCCAGUCAAGUUUAAUUACGUGGCAAAAUCCUUCUAGCCCACACAAAUCUGUAAUUCACUAGGCUUGUGUUUGCUACAAUUAUUGCUGAUAAAGUUAGUUAAGUUGCAUGUGCAAUAUGGAAAAUCAUCAUGGACUGCACCUUGGGGAAGAAAAAUGUGCUAAAGGGAUAUAAUGAAAAUGAUGUAUACAUUUUCUUAAGCGUUUUCUGCAUUUUUAUACAU